UAAAGUUUAGCACACGCAUUUGCAAUCGCAUUAAGUCUUUUGCCGUUCACCGAAUCGUAUCAUCUACAAAACACAUUCAACCAACAAUGCAGGGGCUUAAGACUGUGGGUUUGCUGUGCGCGACUUUCGCCUGCUUGGCGCACGCCGCUGUGAUUGACGAGCCGUCGGCUCCUGCUCAAUACGAGUUCAGCUACGCGGUCAACGAUCCGACCACUGGUGACCAAAAGGACCAACAGGAAACGAGAAACGGCGAUGACGUGAACGGUUACUACCGCACCGUGGACUCGGACGGUUUCCUGCGCACGGUCAAGUACAAGGCCGACGCGGUCAACGGAUUCACCGCUGAAGUCGUGCGGGAGCCCGUCAGCGGCGCCACCGCCGCCGUGCCGAUCGUCGCAAAGGCCGCCGCCGUGGUCAAGCCGGUCGCCCCCGUCGUGCCGUACGUCGCACCAGUCCCGUACGUCGCACCAGCCCCGUACGUCGCCUCGCCGGCGCCUUACUACUUCGGUUCGUCCGGUUACCCGUAUAGCUACCAGCCGUACUCGUACGGUUACCAACAGUACCCGUAUGGAGCUGCUUACUCGCCGUACUCGUACAGUCAGUACGCUUACAACGGCCCAUACGGCUCACCGAUCGUCCGCAAGUAAAACAAUAAAUGCACGAAAAACGGGUUACCGACACGCGUGUUCAUAACACCUGACGUUCGUCCUGCGGAAUGUUGUUCGUCCGACGUUUCGCCGGCAACAACGAGUCGAACUUAAUAUUAAUUUCUUCGAUAUUGUAUUUUCUUUUGUCUUAAAAUUUGUAUMUCUUUAUUAUUACAUUGUACUUACGAUAAUCUUUGUUAUUAUGUAAACAAAAGUAAUCACAUCGAUCAAUAAAUUGUACGUCCAAGUAUUU